UGGAGCUCUGUAGCAGCGGCUCGGCAGCACCGGCUGUCUCCCAGGAAAGCCGACCUCCUUCACGGAACGAGCUCUAAAAGCCAAACCCGGGUUAAAAAUCCAGGAUUUUAUCUGAAAAACCCAGGAUUUUAUCCGUCCUUGCCCUCCCUCUCCCUCUCUCUCUAUCUCCCCCCCCCUCUCUCUCUCUCGCUCCUUCCCCCGGACUCGGCUUAUGUGACACAUUAACGCGUCCCGGCGGCGAAACGAGCGAAACAUGACGGAGCUGAGGAAGCGAGGCGGAGGCGGAGGAGACCCCGACAGCACGGAGAAUAUCAGCGACAAGGAGGCCGACAGUGACGACAGGUUGGGCCUGCAAGUCGACGCAGAGGGAGAGUGUGACGGUGACUCCAAACCAGACACUCCAGAUGUUCCUCUCUCCACAGCAGACACAGACAACACUCCACAAUGCCUGAACAAAGCUCUGGAGGGCCUGCCGCCCAGAUGGAAGAACUACUGGAUACGAGGGGUUCUGUCUUUAGCCAUGAUUUCAGGCUUUUUCCUCAUCAUCUAUAUGGGACCUGUCACUCUUAUAUUAGUGGUCAUGACGGUCCAAAUCAAGUGUUUCCAAGAAAUCAUCACCAUUGGCUACAGGGUUUACCAUUCCUACGAGCUGCCCUGGUUCAGGACUCUCAGCUGGUACUUCCUGAUUUGCGUCAACUACUUCUUCUAUGGUGAAACCGUGGCGGACUACUUCGGGGCUCUGGUGCAGAGGGAGGAGCCUCUGCAGUUUCUGGCUCGCUAUCACCGCUUCAUCUCUUUUGCUUUGUACCUCGCAGGUUUCUGCAUGUUUGUGCUGAGUUUAGUGAAGAAACAUUACCGCCUGCAGUUUUAUAUGUUUGCUUGGACCCAUGUGACCCUGUUGAUUGUGGUAACUCAGUCCCACCUUGUCAUUCAGAACCUGUUUGAAGGAAUGAUCUGGUUCAUCGUCCCGAUCUCCAUAGUGAUCUGUAAUGACAUCAUGGCCUAUCUGUUUGGGUUCUUCUUCGGCAGGACUCCACUGAUCAAGCUCUCGCCCAAGAAAACCUGGGAGGGCUUCAUCGGAGGUUUCUUCUCCACUGUGGUCUUUGGCUUCAUCCUGGCCUACCUCCUGUCUCAGUUCCAGUACUUUGUGUGUCCCGUGGGCUUCAACAGUGAGACCAACGGGUUCACAGUUGAGUGUGAGCCCUCUGAUAUCUUUGUGAUGCAGGAGUACACUCUCCCCGCCGUGGUACAAAACACACUGAGAUGGAAAACGGUGAACCUGUACCCCUUCCAGAUCCACAGCGUCUUCCUCUCGUCCUUCGCUUCUCUCAUCGGGCCAUUUGGCGGCUUCUUUGCCAGCGGCUUCAAGCGAGCCUUCAAAAUAAAAGACUUCGCCAGCACCAUCCCCGGCCACGGCGGCAUCAUGGAUCGAUUCGACUGCCAGUACCUGAUGGCCACCUUCACACACGUCUAUAUAGCCAGCUUCGUCAGAGGCCCGAACCCCAGCAAGGUGCUGCAGCAGCUGUUGAUGCUCCAGCCGGAGCAGCAGCUCAGCAUCUUCCACACACUGCACUCCCAGCUGAGAGAGAGGGGCAUGCUGCCCCCCGCCGCCGCCCAGGCUGAGUGAAGAGGCCGCCGGCUUCACGGGGUGAUGACUGGAGAGAGACAGAGAGAGAGAGAGAGAGGUGGAGAGUGUGUGAUGGUCUGGAGAGUUUAAGUCAGGUAAGCAUGUAUACACACACACACACACACACACGCGCACAGACACACACACUCUUUAAGUAUGCCCGUAUGGUGUGUGUGUGAUCCCAGGCGUCUCUCAGAGCGUCCGUCGUCAUCCUGCCGCCUCUUCAUUCGACUCCAACCAGCUGAAAAUCACGACUCUACAGACUACGUGGAAGAACCUCGUAGUAACUAAAGGAAAAAAAACAACAACAAAAAAACAACAACAACAACAACAACACAACAACAAAAACGGGCCGGCUUCGUUGCUUUUCCCACAUGGACCGGCACAUAAACUAUGACACGCCUCAUGAGCGAACAGGCAGCCCCCCAUCCUGAAGACUCACAGACUGGAGAUAAAACGUCUCAUCAAACACAAACGGACUUUAAAGCACACGGCUCUCUCAGCGCAGGGUGGAUGGUGGAUGUGCGGUUUCCCCGUGGACCGCAAAUAUUGCACUGACUUCAGCUGAACACACGGAUUUAAGAAGCUUUUACCAGCAUAAACUGGGCCCAGAUUUUGUUUUUGUUUUUUUGUUUUUUUUUUGGGCACGUGGACCUGAGCUACAGCGAACAGACUGUUGAGACUCGUCUUUCUGGGGUUUUUCGGGGUGCGGGGGAAGUAACGACGCAGCAGGGUUGUCGAACAUACUGUAGACACUGUUUUAUAGACUAUGCUCUAUUUCAUGAUCUUAACCUCACAGCGCAACAAAAAACAUGUAGCAUGUUCGCGAGUCCUGUCCCGGGCUUCUGCUAAACUAAGCCAUGUUUAUUCUCCUCUUCCACAGCGUGAACUCUUAGCUUUUAGGUUUCUGUCUGACUCUUUAACUAACUCGCACAAUGUUGAGUCAAUAAUGUUUGACUGUAGGCAUGUUAACGCAGACACUAGAGCAUCAGCUGUGCACUCAACACGCAAGUUAAUGUAUUGUACAUAGAUAGAUAUAUUGAAGAUAUUUAGCUGAACAAAUACCUAAUAUAUAAUAACUACUCAUGUGACCUGCUGGGGGAAAAAGAACACUUUUAAACUAUGAGGAAUAAUAUGCAAAACAAAAAAAGGAGAUGUAACUCAUUUGUAGCCUUUAGCAUGAACAAAUUAGAUUUUUAACAGGUAGGGAUGUAGAUUUGAUCUGAGGUUGCUGCUUAUUUAGAGGGUGAACUUUUACUAGAGAAUGUAAUAAGAAUUUAAAGGAAGAGUUUGACAUUUGGGAAACAUGCUUGUUUGGUUUUUUCUUUUACUGAGGAUUAGAUGAGAAGAUUGAUACCACUCCAGUCUCUGUGGAGCGAGAGCCAGGAGGCAAUUAGCUUAGCUUAGCAUAAAGACUGGAAGUGGGGGGAAAAUGCUAGCCUCAGUUAACAACGGCUAGGUGCAGUAACUUCCCAUAGUUUUCUUGCCACAGUAAUCAGACAAGUGCAAACAGUUAAUAAGAAUUAAUGCACAGAAUUAAGAGCAGAUCCAUACAUUUAUAAAGGAGCUAACUACAAUGCUAACGACUAGCAUUCUAGCUUUUUAGAGACAGUGUAGUGACCUAGAUCCAAGGGGGCCAGUUGCACAAACACUUAAAGUUUAUUUUCUCCUUAGCUGAGGGAGUUGCUGCUGUCUCAUCCUCCUGUUGUUUUGACGGGAACUUCACUUUUUAAAGCAUUUAAACUUGGAGAGCGACACGGCACACCGCUGUCGUGUCGACUAUGAUGACCAGACGUCCCUGUUUUCUGGAGCAGGAGUCCGACAGAGGGGGCUGCUAGCUAUUGCACCUUCAGAAAUGAAGCUAAAACCUUCAAAAUAGAGUUAGAGUUCUUUCUUCUUUUUUUUUGUGUUGUUUCUAGGCGAAGAAAACGUCAGCUGGCUCACUCAUUGGUUAGUUAGUUCAUAACGGGGCAGUAAACUAAUAAAAACAAACAUACACAAAGCCCCCCAGCCAGAACUUGAAGAAAUAGUUUUUAUAUUGGACCCUUACGAACUAAAGAAAUAUAAAUAAUUGUGGAUUAGACAGGCACUCAGACCUCACAACUGCUUCAAAGGUAGGGAGUUGUAGUUUUAUCAGUCCUCCUUCACUAUAGUUUACAGAGUACAACAGUUACCACGGUGAAAAUACAUGAAACAGGGACUGUUCCUCUUUUUUAUUUAAUAGGUAAAAACAUUGGAUAUAUUAAAAAUAUAUUGACUGUUGAACUGGAAAUAUCCCCGGUCUUCCUUUCAGAAAUCUGGUCACUUUACUGUGGACAUGAAAUACCUCAACUAACUGACUGGAAAGAUCCGUAACCAUUAAUAAUGAAGGAGCUGGAACGAGCACAGCUUCGGAAAGCUGAGUAAUCCACCUCGUAGACGGUUUGACAACUCAUAAACUGACUGCCGGUUAAAUCUGUACUGUAGAAUCAAUUCCUAAUCGCUAAGGGUGUCCAUCGGGUUCACCCACUCCUCUUGGGAUGAGUUCAUUUCCUUGAUUUAUCACCGUAGACCAGGUCACGUUGCAGAUAAGAGAGUAAGAGGCACUUUUAGUGUUUUUUUCUUAGUUUUGUUGCUAAUUUCUUCUGAGCAACGGUUUGAUCAACUUUAAAUGAUUCUUAAGUAUAAGACUAAGAUAAAGAGAAAAUAUUAAAUACUUUAAGAAAACCUUAAGGAGAAGACUUGAAGGUUUUCGU